AUGGAGCAGGCCAAGAUUAACGGAACACUGAAGGUGACUGGUGACGGCGAGCAGUACCGUGACUUCGUGUACGUGAAGGACGUCGCCCGUGCCAUUCGUACGGCCAUGCUUCUUAAGGACGACGACUUUGAUGUGUUCAACGUCUGCACCGGUGUCAAGACCACGAUCAAUGACGUUGCUGUCGCUGUGAAGGCGAAGUUCGGCUCGUCGGCUGACAUUACGCACAUUGCGUACCGCCAGGGAGAUGUCAAGGAGUCGGUGUGCUCGCCUGUGAAGGCUUCCACCAAGUUGGGUUUCACCGCCAGCUACGACUUCCCCACGGGUAUUGGUGAGACCCGCGACUGGUUCAUGACUUUGUAA